AUGGACCCCACAGAGAAAACUAUUGGGGUACGGUGUGACAAAAAGUGGCACAUCCCGCCCAGACGAUCACCUUUAACGUGGGCCUACCCCCAGGAGUCCGACUACGACGACUACGAGUACGAGGAGGAGGUGGAGGAGUACGGCGAUGUCCCCGAGUUCGCCUUCGAGUCUCAGAACCUGGUGGCGAAGGUCGGCGAGACGGUCAACAUUCCCUGCCAGAUCACCGAGAAUAGUCCCUUCGUGCUGCUCGUGAAGAAGGCGGCGUCGGGCGACGACAAAGACAAGCUGAUCUUCGUGGGCAACGUGAAGGUGCAGCGCGACCGCCGCUACAAGUUCGACAACAACCAGCUCGAGAUCUCCAACCUGCGCGCCUCGGACUCCGGCACCUACAUCUGCCGCCUCGAGUCGCAGCCGUCGCCCAUCGAGCUCCACCACUUCCUCGACGUCCAGUACCCGCCCAAGGUGCAGGCCGUGUCCCCCCCGGAGCACCACGUGAGGAAGGGCGACAACGUGCAGCUGGAGUGCAAGGCCGAGGGCAACCCCCAGCCGGUCAUCAGCUGGUCCCGCCUGGAGGGCCGCCUGCCGUCCGGCGCGCAGCACGAGGAGGGCGAGAGCAUGACCCUGGCCGACGUCGACCGCCACGUGGAGGGCACCUACACCUGCACGGCCGACAACAGCAUCGGAGAACCCGCCUCCGCCUCCAUGUCCGUCAUCGUCGACUACGAACCUGAGAUCAUCACUGAAAAGGCCAUCAUCCGCUCCGGCGAAGGCGACACCGUGGAGCUGGUGUGCAUCGUCCACGCCCGCCCCGCCCCCACCGUGAACUGGACCCUCAACGGCAUGCCCGUCGACCUGGACGCCCACGCCGAGGAGAAGGACGGCGGCCACAGGCACUCCCUCAGGAUCUCUCAGGUGACCGAGGAGGACUUCGGGGACUACGUGUGCACCGCCCACAACGACCUGGGAACCGUCACCGGAUCCAUCCACAUGACUGGCCUGCCCAAGCCCCCCCACUUCACCAGCGACCCCAACGGCGGCGAGGAGACCAGCUACACCCUCACGUGGGAGACCGAGAGCUAUUAUCCUAUUGAAUCCUACCGACUCAAGUACAGGAAGGCUAAGGCCAACGACUCCCACCGACGAGCCGGCGAGUUGGAGCGAGAUGACCUACGACGCCAGUGACGUGGAGACGAACGGUUCUGAUGCACACCAUGAAGCACACGAUCGAGGACCUGGAGCCUGCCACCGACUACCACGCCAA